UCUUCUUCUCUCGUCCUCCCUCUUCUCUCUUCUUCUUCUCAUAGCAACAGCACAGGCAGAAGAAGCUUGCGAGCGGUGCACCGUGCACGGGCGGUGAGGAUGGAGGGGGAUGGGAGGAAGGAGGGCGAGACGCCGCCGGCGGUGGCGAGAGGCGCGGCGUCGUUGGGCGCGUCCGUGCAGGAGUGGGUGCAGCACAUGAAGGCCAGCGUGGUGGGCGUGUGGCGGAAGGCGACGGCGAGGAGCGAGCAGGAGGCGGCGGAGGCGGACCUGCGCGCCGCCAAGGAGCAGGUGGAGGCCACCGACGAGGCCGAGGCCAAGAAGAAGCGCCUCGCCGGCUGACCGCGACGUUCGUGCAGACUGCAGAAGAACCCACGUUUCAGUCCAUCGAUUUCGCCUGUUGUGUCAACGCACGGUUGUAAACAGCAGCAGCAUCUGGGCUUUUUCUUUCUUCUAAUCUGCUGUUUGUAGCAGCAGCAGCAUUGUGGUUUGUUUACCUCUGAUAGACUAGUUUUACAUGUGUGUAUCUGAAACUGCAGCCUGUAUGUACUGAUGAUAUAGACCAAUCUCAACAGGCGUUUCUACUGUA